ACAAAAAAAAACAAUCUUCCUCACGCACGUGCAUUCAUUAGUAAUUUUGAACAGCUAGUUUUGUUGUUUGGCACAUUACGGUAAAGUAAUCCAUAAAAUGUCCAAGUUCAAACAGACCAACGCGCAAAUUUACGCGAAAACUGCAACGGUGCUCUCGCCGGAUACGGUUUACUGGAAGAAAUUGGGGGUGCCCACAUUAGUGAAAGAAUUCGGAGCAAUCGAUUACAUCGACUUUAGUCCAGUGGAACCUUACCAGUUCGCAGUUACAGCUUCGGUGCGCGUUCAAAUUUACAAUCCUGUGACGAAAUUGGUGGUGAAGAAUAUCUCCAAAUUCCAAGAAGGCGCUCAUGGUGGUUCAUACAGAAAUGAUGGAAAAUUGCUGGUGGCCGGCGACGACCAGGGCAAAGUGCGCGUUUUCGAUGUCAAUACAAAAUCGAUUUUAAGAAUAUUUGAUGGACACAAAGCACCGGUUCAUCGAACCUUUUUCAACGCAGAUCGACAUCACGUGAGCAGUUUUUCAGACGACAAAACCGUUAGAUACUGGGAUAUUGCUACGGAGAAGCAUAUCAAAACCUUUUCCGAACAUUCGGAUUAUAUUCGUGCAGGUUGCACCAGCCCAGUGAGUCCUAACAUAAUUGUGUCGGGAGGUUAUGAUAAAAAGAUCAACAUGUAUGACACGAGGACCAAGGAAAAAGUACUGUCCCUCGACAAUGGUAGUCCCGUGGAAUCGCUUAUAUUCCUGCCUAGCGGAGGUAUUUUUAUCAGUGCAGGUGGAACUUCUGUUAACGUUUACGAUGCGCUUGCCGGAGGAAGGAAGAUCGCCCAGUUGUCACAGCAUCAUAAAACUAUAACAUGCCUGCAACUGGCUAGCGAAGGUAAACGGCUUCUUUCCGGGAGUCUGGAUCGACACGUGAAGAUCUAUGAUAUUGCGACCUACCAAGUGGUGCAUACGAUCGAUAAUUCCAACGCUGUAUUGAGCUUGGGCGUUUCUAAAAAUGACGAUACACUUGUAACUGGGAUGGUAGACGGUUUGAUAGCCAUACAUCGGCGGGAUGUGGAUAAAGAUAAAGAUGGUGAAAUGAAGAAAUUUCGACAAUCUAAAGCUAGAGCAAGAUAUGACAACAUUUUCCAGUCUGCUGAUGAGCAAAUUGUCGAAUUUCGACACGAUCGGAUAGAGCAGUAUGAUCGGAUGUUAAGGAAAUACGAGUACUCGAAAGCUUUGGAUAGAGUUAUGCUACCAAGCGUGAUGGGAAAAACGCCCGAAAAAACGGUAGCUCUUAUAAAGGAACUUAUUCGUCGCAAAGGAUUAGACAGAGCCCUCACAGGCAGAACGCACGCGUUUCUUGUUCGUUUCAUUAAUUUCCUCGUGCGUAACAUUGGAGAUUAUCGGUUUACCCCAGCUUUAGUUGAUGCAGCCAACAUCCUCUUGGACGUGUAUGAAGCUGAUUUCGAACAAUUCGCUGGAACUGAGGUCGGUAAGAUCUUGAUUAAUCUUUCGAGGCGGCUGAAAAAGGAAGAGCAGAUCAUUAGCGAUUUCCUCGAGGUGCAGGGGCUUCUAGAGAUGAUUUCCGCCGCGGCUGAUGUCAACCAGGCGGUCAAUGAAGACGACGAAGCAGAGUGGGCGUUGGACGAAGAACUUCAACCUUCAGUUAAUGCACAGAAGCAAGCUGUUAUCAAUAUCGAUUGAUCUACGAGAAUGAAAUAUAUCACUAUAAACAAG